AUGGAUGAUAUUACAAAACACCAUGUCGUUGGAAAAGUGAUUGCAUGCUAUGACAGAAUAACAGCAGCAGUUUCAACAAAUAGCAACCAACCUGUUGAUGAAAUCCAACAAUAUCUCGACUGCAGGUAUGUCUCUCCCAGUGAAGCAUGCUGGCGCAUUUACUCUUACAAUAUUCAUGGCAGAAAACCAGCUGUGGAACGUAUGUUCUAUCAUUUGGUUGGGGAGAAACCUAUAUACUAUACAGAUUAUGCACGCAUGGAAAAUGUGCUGGAAACUGCAAGUGUGACUGAAUCAAUGUUUACCGCAUGGCUAGUGGCAAAUGCUAAAUAUGAAGAGGCACAAACAUUAACUUAUGGUCAAUUUGUCUCAAAGUUUGUUUAUCACAAAAAACAGAGAGAAUGA